AUGCGUCUCAUCAUGAAUACUCAAAUUUUUCUGUGCCUUUCUCUAGCCUUCCUCUUCUACGGAGGAAAGUCAGCAAAAAUUACUUUCAAAAACAACUGUUCCUUCACAAUAUGGCCAGGAACCUUGACCGGAGCUCCAUACCCUCAACUAUCCACAACCGGAUUCGAGUUGGCGAUCGGAGCAUCUAAUUCAGUAGAUGUCCCUUCUCCGUGGUCUGGCCGGUUUUUCGCGAGAACCGGCUGCGCCUCCGAUGCCACAGGAAAGUUUGUUUGUGGCACGGCGGAUUGUGCCUCUGGUCAAGUUGGGUGCAAUGGCGCCGGAGCAAUCCCACCAGCAACAUUAAUAGAACUCUUUGUGUCACCAAAUGGUGGGCAAGAUUUCUAUGAUGUUAGCAAUGUAGAUGGCUUCAACUUGCCCAUGUCCAUAGCCCCGCAAGGCGGCACCGGCGACUGCAAACCCUCAAGCUGCCCGGCGAACAUUAACGCGGCGUGCCCUAAUGAGCUAAAAGUAGCUGGCUCUGAUGGAAGUGUUAUAGCAUGUAAGAGUGCUUGCACAGCUUUUAAUCAGCCUCAAUAUUGUUGCAGUGGAGAGUUUAACACUCCAGAAAAAUGCCCACCAACACAAUACUCUAAAAUGUUCAAGACUCAAUGUCCCGAUGCUUAUAGUUACGCUUAUGAUGAUAAGACUAGCACCUUUACUUGCUUUAGCAGUCCAAACUAUGCAAUCACUUUUUGUCCUUAGAUUCUUCCUGGAAUCUGAGGGAAAUAAAAGCUAUAUAAUAUCCCAUGUGUAAUGAAACUUGUUC